UUUUUUUUUUUCCUUUUUCUUUUACAUUUUUGCACAGACAGCAGGACUGACUGGCCUGUUCUACCUGUGGACAACAUGGACAUCAACCUGCAGUCUCACCGCUUUUACUUCCCCCCGAUCUACUGUGCUGAGCCGGGGGCGCAGCCUCAGCUCACCGAGUUCAAAGUCAGCGAGCAGAGCAUCUGCCAGGCGCGGGCCUCCGUCAUGGUCUACGACGACACCAGUAAGAAGUGGGUGCCCAUCAAACCGGGCCAGCAGGGAUUCAGCCGCAUCAACAUCUACCACAACACUGCCAACAACACCUUCAGAGUGGUGGGCGUCAAGCUGCAGGACCAGCAGGUGGUUAUUAACUAUUCAAUAGUGAAGGGCCUCAAGUACAACCAAGCCACCCCGACCUUCCACCAGUGGAGGGACGCCCGACAGGUCUAUGGACUCAACUUCGCCAGCAAAGAGGAGGCCACCACCUUCUCCAACGCCAUGCUGUUCGCCCUCAACGUGCUCAGCGCUCAGGACGGAGGUCCAGCUCUCCAGCGCCACGUCCAGAACGGACCCACCUCAGACGAGAUAGAAGCUCAGAGAGCAAGGCAAAUGAUGGAGCAGCAGCAGCAGAUGCAGGCUCACAUGGAGCGGGAGCGACGGUCCUCCAACUCAGGUUCUCCUUUCCAAGGCCACCCGGCCGUGCUCUCCGUGGCGCCGCCAGUAGUACCUCCACCGGUGAACAUGGGCGGCCCCCCUCCCCCUCCGCCUCCGCCGGGUCCGCCGCCGCCCUCGUCGGCGCCUCAGCCCCCCCUCCCGCCCCCGCUGCCGCUCGGCGGGGGCAGCCACGGGGACGAGCAGCCCGCCCCGACGGGCCUCGCCGCCAUGAUCGCCGGAGCCAAACUGCGUCGCGUCCAAAGACCUGAGGACAGCUCUUCAGGCGCCAAAAACGAUGCCAACCGAACAAGUGGGGGAAGCGGAGGACUGAUGGAGGAGAUGAACGCUCUGCUGGCACGAAGAAGGAAAGCAGCUUCAGAAAAGCCCGAGGACAGCCAAAACGAUGACCCAAAUUCUCCAUCACCCAGCACUCGCAGUGGACAGAAUGCAACAGAUGGCGCGAAGAAGCCCUGGGAUCGAGCGAACUCUGCAGACAGGUCGAUGGUUUCGAGGGGGCGGCCGGCGGGGAGCGGCAGCGACACAGACUCUUUAGACCUCGAUAGAAUGAAACAGGAAAUCUUGGACGAGGUGUUUCGUGAAUUGCACAAAGUGAAGGACGACAUCAUUGACGCUCUUAGAAAUGAACUUGGUCGAAUUAGCACGACAUAAUCUUUUCGUAGCCACUCCCGGACAUGAGCCACCUUUUUGAACCAUUGCCCCUGCAAGCAGCUGCCGUGGCCCUGAUGAUGAUGAUGAUGAGGAGGAGGAGAGGUCAGGAGGAACAGAGGCCCAAACUGUGACAUCUACUCAUCCUGUUCUGCUGUGGUGUUGAAGCGACGUGGCGACGUCGCUCCAGCACUUCAGGCGUGUCUUUGUAACAUUUGGUUUUGUCUGUCUGGAGAGAAAGGCGUGAAUGGGGCACACUCUCGCACUGAUUACUCUGUUUUCUUUACCAUGUUUGUGGUUUGUUCGCCCACUUUUCCCCUCUGUCCUUGGCCCAGAUGAAAAUGGACAAAAUUGACUUUAUUUGUUCUGUUUUAGUUUGUUUUCUUUUUUUGCUUUUUUUGUUCACAUUUGUUUGAAAUUGUUACUAUCAUUUUAAUGAUCAUUUCUAUCAUUCUUAUGAUUGUCAAUGUAAUGUUAAUAUGAGUAGUAGUAGUGUAGUAUAUGUACAAUGGUAACGAUGAGGAAAUGGUGAAGAUAAAAUGAUAGUAAUGAUAAUGUUGAUAAUAUAUUAUUGCACAUCAUUUUAUGUAUUUUGUAUUUUAUAUUAGUUAUAUUCAUUAAAUUUUAUUUGAAAUACUUUAAUGAGCACCUCCAAAUUUUUGGUCCUCAUCUUAAGACCUGCAAUUUUUUUUCUUUUUUUUUUUUUUUUAAAUCCUUUUCGCCAACACAGUUACAUGUGGAACCAUGGCAGAAAAAAAAACACAGGCUUUGACCUGAGACCAAGUGGAAGAAACUUCUUUGGAUCGUGCAACCUUAUGAACUUAAAAAAAAAAAAAAAGAAAUAGAUAAAUAAUACACCAGAGUAUUUGUGAUCAUGUUGUUAA